AUGAACAACCAACGACCGAAACGAGGCUCGCGUAUCGUGUCUUGGAUUGCUGGUUCUGCGCUCAAGGAUGGGGAGAACAGCGCUGGACGACCCAGACGCAACACCUCGAGUUCGCUUCGCUCGUUUAUCCCCUCGAUUCGAAAUGGUUCAAAAGCAGAGAACUCUUUCACCUCUCUUCCACGAAGUGUGUCCAGCGGACAACCCCCGGAACCCUUCUUCUACUCUAAACCGUUGACGCGCGAGGGCGAGGACGAGUAUAGCUUUGUGACGACGAGCGAAGAAGGUUCUUUAUCGUCUCUUUCUUCUUCUGAGAUUGCUCUCUGGAAGCUAAAGAGGGCCGACGCCGACGUGUCUCCAAUCCGCGUUAUUCCAAAGCGAAAAUUUUCCAGAUUCUUUUCCGUUCUCACGCGCAAAGAGGCUAGAGGAACGUCGCCUCUUCUCCAAACACCGACUGAUGGCACGCUGCCAGGGCUAGCUUUUGAAGACUCGUUUGUCAAGUGCGAAAUGGAAGAUGCAGAAGAUUCAAUUAUGAUUGAGCAUCCAUUCUCGUUGCCGGAACUUACUUUUUCGUCUUCACAGAAACGCUCCAGCGAUCUCUCGAGCUUGCUUCCACCUCCCCGAGCAAAACGAGGACCAGUUUCCACUUUGCCUAGAUGGAGUCUCUUGGACAAGCAAGCCCACACUGCCUCGACAAGGACGAGUAUUGACCCGGCCAAGUGGGUGGAAAUAUCGAUUUCGGCAGCGGACCUCGUUCGCAUAUACGGACGUGAGAAUGUGAUCAUCCAGAAUGCAGACGAAUACCCUUCGAGUGAUUUGGAAAAGGAAGACGUGGGUACCGAUGUGCAUGCUCAAGAGUCGUUUAUGGAGAUGGACGACGAGGUUUCGUCGCUUCCUUCUUCGCUGGAAUGCAAGUCUGUGCCUCAUCAAGCACUUGAUGUCGCUGGUUCAUCGGUCGUGACUGAGAGUUCAUUUGUCGGAUCAAUGGCUUCGUUCUCCAAGUGGCCUCUUCCGCCUCAAUGCGAGCAAUUUGGUAUGGAAAAGGUGGUUGGAUAG